UCGGUCCAAGGUGCGCUCGGGUCACCGGAAGAAGCCCUGCCAGCUGGAGCAGUGAGCAGAAUGAAUACUUCCCUGGAACAGAGCGGCUGCCACAGUAACAGAGAGACCCUUCUCAGGCGCAGUGAUGCACGGAGGGAGCUGGAGCUCGCUAUCGGUGGAGUGCUCCGGGCUGAACAGCAAAUUAAAGAUAACUUACGAGAGGUCAAAGCUCAGAUCCACAGUUGCAUAAGUCGCCAUCUAGAAUGCCUCCGGAGCCGUGAGGUCUGGCUCAAUGAGCAGGUAGAACACUAUCCUGAGCGAGAGGAGACACUACAGCAACAGGCUCAGCAGCUUUACUGGCUAAUGGGCCAGUUCAGUUGUCUUAUUCAUCAGCUAGAGCACACCCAGAACAAAGAUCUGGCCAAUCAAGUCUCUCUGUGCCUAGAGAGACUGGGUAGUUUGACUCUUAAGCCUGAAGAUUCAACUGUCCUGCUCUUUGAAGCAGACACAUCUGCUCUGCCCCAGACCAUCACCACAUUUGGAUCCCUUAAGACAAUUCAAAUUCCUGAGCACCUGAUGGCUCAUGUUAGCUCUUCAAAUACUGGGCCUUUCCUAGAGAAAAGAGGCUAUACCCAGGUGCCAGAGCAGAAGUCAGCAUCCAGUAGCACAGCUGCUUCUCUCAGUGAAUGGCUUCUUGUGAGCAAACCUGCUGUUAUUGGUCAUCAGGCUCCUUAUGUACCUAGUACCAACCCACAGGACUGGCUUAUCCCAAAACAGACCCUGGAGAACAGUCAGACUUCUUCCAGAGCCUGUAGUUUCUUCAACAAUGCCUGGGGCAAUCUAAAGGGCUUAGAGAACUGGCUCCUCAACAGUCAUCAAGACAGUCCUGGAAAACCAAGUUCCUCAAAGUCUAACAGCCAUUGCAGCACCAGCUCUUUCUCUACUGAAGCUGAAAAGGUCCAAGAUAUAGAGCUCCUUGAUCAAGAAGAACUGGACCUGUCGGACUUGUUGGUGACUCCCCAAGAACCCUGUGAACUGGAGAAGCCUGAGAAUGCCAGCUGUGAAGCCAGUGAGAAGUUUAACCUCUUAUUCCAGGUGUUCAAAGAGCCCUACAAUGUGAAUGAUUGGCUUGUCAAGCCUGACUCCUGUACCAACUGUCAGGGUAACCAGCCCAGAGGUGUGGAGAUUGAGAACCUGAGUAAUUUGAAAUGCCUGAAUGACCACUUGGAGGCCAAUCCACUUACGGUCCCCGGCAUAAGCACCGAGGGCUGGCUUGUCCAGAACCAUCAGGACGCAUGUAGAGUAGAGGAAGUAUGCAAAGCCAACGAACCCUGCACAAGCUUUGCAGAAUGUGUAUGUGAUGACAUCUGUGAGAAGGAAGCUGUGUAUAAAUGGCUUCUGAAGAACGAAGGAAAAGAUAAGAAUGGAAUGCCCAUGGAUCCCAAAUCUGAGUCUGAGAAACGCAAAGAGUUCCUCAAUCUGUGGCUCUGCACUUCCAGAAAUGAGCUAAUAGAACAAGCUAAGGCACCCAAGGCAAUGACUCCUGCUAGAAUUGCUGAUCCCUUCUAAGUCAUAAGGAACAGUUGCCUGUCAGAGUGGCUUAUUCGGCCCACAUGCAAAGGAAGAAACCCUAAGGAAGUGCCCAGUACUGGGGAGAGAGCUGGUAAAGAAAUGCUUAAAGGCCCUAUGACCACUUCCUGGCAUCCUUUUAAUACUGCUGACUGGGUCUUACCAGGAAAGAAAGUGGGAAACCUCAGCCAGUUCUCCUCUGGAGAAGAUAAGUGGCUACUUCGAAAGAAGGCCCAGGAAGUAUUUCUGAAUUCACCCCUGCAAGAAGAACAUAACUUCCGUGGCCUCCCUGCAGUGUGUGAUCUUUUUGCCUGUAUGCAGCUUAAAGUUGAUAAAGACAAAUGGCUGUAUAGAACUCCUCUACAGAUGUGAAGCAAUGGACUACUAGAACUGAGCAGCUUUCCUGUAGAUCACCACAUCCUCGAGCUGAGCGACUAUGACCUGCCAAGCCAUUGUUUAUUCCAGGCCUGACUAGUCAGCUUCAUUCCUCUCGUGCUUAGUUUUGGACUAGUAAACAGAAAUCAUCGAAUUAUGAGCUAGUGUGUGAAAGAGGCUUAAUGCUAAGGUAUUGCAGUUCCUUCUUAUGGAAGCACUACCACACUGACUCCCUUACUAGAAACAGCCUUUCAGAACAUUGGCCUUUAGCAGCUUCAACUGCAAACACUAGUUUUAAAAGUGAAAUAUUUCUAUAUCAAGUGUAUUAAUGUGUUCUAAAACUAGUAAACUUUCAUGACUUUUGAUUGCCUUUGAAACAGCCUUUCGGAACAUUGGCCUUUAGCAGCUUCAACGGCAAACACUAGUUUUAAAAGUGAAAUAUUUCUAUAUCAAGUGUGUUAAUGUGUUCUAAAACUAGUAAACUUUCCUGACUUUUGAUUGCCUUUUAGCUGUUUCUCUUGCUAUGAACUUCUAGGGGUUUGAAAUUUUUCUGUUCAGUUGAUAUAUAGAAUAUUUCACAGAAUUAACCUUGCCAAUACAGUAUAUUUCCCUCUACUAAAUGUCUAUUAGUUAUAUUGCAAUUUUUGAUACUAAUCAGAUGUUUAGGCUACAUGUCAUUUCUAACAUUUUUCAUUCAAAAGAAAUUAAGCUACUGCAAUUGCUGCCUUAAUUCCUUUCCAAGUAUCUACUAAGCUCUUUAUUGCUUCAAGACCACUUUUAGGGCAGUCAGAGCCCCUGAAGUUCUACAAACCUUGCUUUAAAGAGCCCCAGGCCAACAAAAACAGAAAGGCAAGAUGUGUUAGGAAUGCAGUACUGACCACCUGUCACCCUGUGUAAAUGGAAGCUGAGCUUGACACCUGGUGCUCUUAACUAGGGAUAAAGUCAAUGUCCUGUCACUUCAAGCACAGCAUCCUGAACCUCCAAAAGUACAGUGCAGUGACAUCUUGAUCAACAGGCUGUGCUCAACACUUGUGCCUUGGAGUGUUUAUUGAAUCUUCAUAGAACUGACGUCCUUGAGUUAUGAUGCUUACAUUUUAGAAAGUUUCUCUGUAGGAGAGUAGCAGGAUUUAUGUUUUACAAUUCUCCAGGAUAACUUUAAGCCUUUGAACUGCCUAUUGGAAGUACUUGUGGGAAAAUUUUACGGUCUCAUACUGACAUUACCAUACAGCUCUGGAUCACAGCUGAAAAGAGCCUCAUAUUUUCUUAUGUCCCCCCAGAUACCACUGAGUAUUAAGUUGGUGGGUAAAAACAAUUUAAAGAGCCUUCCCAACAUCUUAAGUUGCAGGGAACUUUGUAGUUUCUCUUUUGAGGUCUAACACACUGUAUUUUACAUUAUUAAAAUGUAAUUUAAGUUAAUCACUAUGCUAAUGAUACAUAAACCAUUCUUUUGCAUUGAUAAAUUUUAUAUCUCCAUUAAAAUCAUAAUG